CUCGGGGUCAGGGUACCAGAUGUUUGUGCGGCUCUGUCCAGGGCUGCCAGAACGCUGACGUGGAGCAACCCACUCCAGAACCCCCAUGGAGAAGUUUGGGAUGAAUUUCGGGGGUGGCCCAAGCAAAAAGGACCUGCUGGAGACCAUAGAGACACAGAAAAAGCAGCUUCUCCAGUACCAGGCAAGGCUUAAGGAUGUGGUCCGCGCCUAUAAAAGUCUGCUGAAAGAGAAAGAGGCCCUGGAGGCCAGCAUCAAAGUACUGUCGGUAUCCCACGAGGCGGAUGUAGGCCUUGCAGGUGUGCAGCCACCAGGUCUCACGUUACCUGACUCUGUGGAUGAUCGGUGCUCCACUCACAGUGAGGAUAGCACCGGAACCGCCACUAGCUUGGAUACUGCGGCCAGUCUUACAAGUACCAAGGGUGAGUUUGGGGUCGAAGAGGACAGAAUGGCUCGUGGACCUCUUCCUCCAAAGUCUGAAGAGGCCAGCGGGUCAGAGAGUGGCGUCAGUAGUAGCAGUGGGGAUGGGCCAUCCGCAGGUAGUGAGGCGGACAAAAAACUACAUCAGCUGAAGACCCAAUUAGCUACUUUGACCAGCUCCUUGGCUACAGUCACCCAGGAGAAGUCCCGUAUGGAGGCAUCUUACCUGGCUGACAAGAAGAAGAUGAAACAGGACUUAGAGGACGCCAAUAAAAAGGCAGAGGAAGAGAGGGACCGCCUGGAGGGAGAAUUGAAGGGGCUGCAGGAGCAGGUAGCAGAAACCAAAGCCCGCCUGAUUACACAGCAGCAUGAUCGUGCCCAGGAGCAGAGUGACCAUGCCGUGAUGCUGCGGGAGCUACAGAAGCUGUUGCAGGAGGAAAGGACCCAGCGCCAGGACCUGGAACUUCGCUUAGAAGAGACCAGAGAAGCCCUGGCAGGGCGGGCAUAUGCAGCUGAUCAGAUCGAAGGGUUUGAGCUGCAAACCAAGCAGCUGACCCGUGAGGUCGAGGAGCUGAAAGGUGAGCUGCAAGCUAUUCGAGAUGAGAAGAACCGACCAGACCCCCGGCUGCAGGAGCUGCAGCAAGAGGCUGUGCGUCUUAAAAGCCAUUUCCAGGCUCAAUUGCAGCAGGAAAUGAGGAAGACAGCCCUUGCUGAGGACCAGCUUCGCCAGCAGUGUCAGUUAGAAGAGCAAAGGGUAGCAGCCCUGGAGAACCAAAUCUCCGAGGUGUCUGAACUGCUGGGCACCUACGAGAAAGCCAAGCAGAAGGACCAGCUGGCCAUCCAGAAGCUGAAGGAGCGAAUUCUGCAGCUGGACCUGGAGAACAAAACCCUGGCCCUCGCGACCUCUAGCCGGCCCCCUCUCGACAGCCACGGGGAUGAAUCCAGUAUGGAUGUCAAUGUCCUGAAGGAUAAGAUGGAGAAGCUCAAGAGGCUACUGCAGGUUGCAGCUAGGAAGAGCCAGGUGGCCCUGGAUGUGGAGAAGCUCUGUGACCCUGAGAUAACGCCCAGCUCUGAGGCUGCCGAUGGGGAAAAGGCUACCGCACUCUACUACCAACAGGAGCUGAAGCAGCUGAAGGAAGAGUUUGAGCGGUACAAGAUGCGAGCCCAGGUCGUGCUCAAGAGCAAGAAUACCAAAGACGGGAACCUGGCCAAGGAGCUGGAGGCCGCCCAGGAGCAGUUGGCUGAACUGAAGGAGAAGUAUAUCUCCUUGCGGCUGUCCUGUGAGGAACUCGAAAGCCAGCACCAGCAGGAGGCCGAGGACUGGAAGCAGGAGCUGGCCCGGCUGCAGCAGCUCCAUCGGCAGGAGCUGGAACAUAGCCAGCUGGACUUCAGGGACCGCACACUGAAGCUGGAGGAGGAGCUGCAUAAGCAACGGGACCGGGCCCUGGCGGUGCUUGCUGAGAAGGACCUGGAGCUGGAGCAACUGCGUUCCGUGGCCUUGUCCUCCGGGUUGCCGGGACGCCGAAGCCCUGUGGGUGGACUGGGUGGUGGAGGGCUUGGGGACCCGGCUGACACAUCUUCCUCAGAAAGCCUGACUCAAGCCCUGCAGCUCGCUGCAGCCAAUGAGCCCACUUUCUUCCUUUAUGCUGAGCAGUUGGCCCGGAAGGAAGUGGAGAUCACGUCACUGAGGAAGCAGAAACACAGGCUGGAGGUAGAGGCCCAUCAGCUGCAGGAAAGGCUGCUGGAGGAGGGCGAGCGGCACCGAGAGGAGGUCGGAGCCCUUCAGAGCCACAUUGAAAAGAACGCCAGGGACCAGAGCAGGGAAGGAGCCAACCUGGAGUAUCUCAAAAAUAUCAUCUACCGCUUCCUGACCUUGCCAGACAGCCUUGGCCGCCAGCAGACGCUCACGGCCAUCCUGACUAUCUUACACUUCAGCCCCGAGGAGAAGCAAGUGAUAAAGCAACUCCCAAGUGGUGGCAGCUGGUGGCCUUCUGGCAAGAGAUGAUAUACCUUCUCCAGCCCUGAAUCGCUGUGCCUCUUUCAUGCGGGAAGGGCAGGCUAAGAUUUCCCCUGCCUCUUCUCGCAUUCUCGUUUAUUUCUUCACUGUGUUGAACUCAGAACGGUUCAAAGUAGGAUGGGAUUUUCUGCCAAGUGCCAUUAAUGCAACUUUGUCCUUGGGCUUGGGGUACUGCAGGUGUUGAGACAGUACUUCUGCCGGUGUGCGUGUGGGGCAGGGGUGCCAGUUAGGGAAGUGGCGAGAGUCUUUAGAGAUGUUUUGUUAUGCUCCUAGCUCAGAGCUAGUAGUAAAUGUGACUCCCAGAGGAGUCCAUCUGACUUUGGAACAUACAUAGUAACAGUGUAUGUAUUCCUUGUCAGAGUCUGGUCCACUUUUGUCCUAAUUUUUCUGGGGACAUAAAAUCAAGCUAGAAAGAGACCAGGAAGUUCGAAAUAGUAACUGUUUGUCCAAAGGGCUGUGGAAUAGUGAGUUCAUCCCUGAACUUGGAAUCUCUGUUCCAGGAACCAGCCCAUCACUUGUGACCGUCCUAGAGAGGGUCCUGAACACCGAUGUGACCUUAGAGAUUUCCCCAGUGAUCUGAUUUGAGCCAGGACAGGGUUAGAAAGGAACCUCUCUUGCUUAAGCUGCCUGUCCAAGGUCAGCUCAAGUCGGAGUGGAUUGGAUGACUUCACUCUCUUCCCAUCCACAUUGAACUUGUAUUAAGAAAUGAAACCCUCGCUUUUUACAGAGCAUUCCAAAAAUAAGCUGGGGGCCUCCUUGGAUACAAGGAAUUCCUGCCAUGAUUUGUUCCCAGCUGUGUUUGCUUUUGCAGGGACAGGAAAGAGGAGGUAAUUUGCUGCAGAUUCCAAAAGACUGUUAUGACCCUCACAGGAAAAGUGCAGUUUGACUGAAAUACUUUCCAUCCUAUGGGUCUGGGCAAAGGUUAAUUUCAUUCUUUAAGGAAAGAGAGUGCUCAGAAAACUCGGGUCAAAGCGGUGUCUGUUGCCCAGUUCUUUGCUUAAUCUGCUCUUCCUGGUUAUAAAGACUUUUGGACCGGAAAGGCCAAUGUUUGACUAUUAAUAUGUAUCUUUUUGUUAUUUGUAUUACUGAGAUCUGUUUUUCGAAGGUUUGGGGUGCAGAAGACUUUGGUUAACAAUGUUUUGGAUGGGCAAAGGUGACCUGAUUAUCUGCAUGAGCAGACUUCAGUGGAACAGAAGUGUUAUCUUUAUGGAAAUACCAGUGGUCAUUAAACCUGAGUGACUUGAACUGUGUUUUCUUCAUGGUGGUGUCUCUGCAUCU